UGAAUCCAUUCCUACUCAUUUUAACUCAUCUCUCUCUCUCUCUAUCUAUUUAUCUUAAACUCCUCAACUCAGAACCUUCCAAUGACUGACUCUUCCGAAGAGGCUGCUUACAUCGAGAAGCUCUAUGAAUACGGCGAGCAACUCAACAAUUCCAACGACAAGUCUCAGAAUGUGAAGGAUUACCAGGGAAUCAUUGAUGCAGCAAAGACGAGUGUUAAAGCGAAGCAACUCGCUGCACAGCUCAUUCCCAAGUUCUUCAAGUUCUUCCCUGAACUCUCCGGCCCUGCCCUCGACGCUCAUCUUGAUUUGCUUGAAGCUGAAGAACUCGGGGUUCGGGUGCAAGCUGUUAGAGGGCUGCCUCUUUUCUGCAAGGAUGCACCUGAAAAUAUUGACAAGGUGGUUGAUAUUCUUGUGCAAAUUCUUGGGUCUGAGGAAUUUGUGGAGCGUGAUGCUGUACAUAAGGCUCUUAUGUCUCUGCUGAGGCAGUAUGUGAAAGCUUCUUUGACGGCUUUGUUUAAGCACAUUGGCAGUGUUGAAGAGCCAAGCACAGAUGAUGUUAUUCGUGAGAAAGUUAUUAACUUUGUUAGAGACAAGGUUUUCCCUAUUAAAACGGAACUGUUGAAGCCCCAAGAGGAAAUGGAAAGACACAUAACUGAUCUCAUAAAAAAGAGUUUAGAAGAUGUAACCGGUAUAGAAUUUCGAAUGUUUAUGGAUUUCCUGAAGUGUUUGAGCCUUUUUGGCGAAAAGGCUCCAGCUGAGCGGAUGAAAGAGCUGAUUGGAAUCAUUGAAGGGCAAGCUGAUUUAGAUGCACAGUUCAAUGUUUCAGAUGCAGAUCAUAUUGACAGAUUGAUAUCAUGCCUUCACAUGGCACUUCCAUUUGUCGUGAGGGGUGCAUCUAGCAGCAAAUUUCUCAACUAUAUAAACAAAUAUAUAAUACCUGUUUUUGACCAGCUUCCUGGAGAGCGGAAAGUAGAUUUACUCAGAAGCCUUGCAGAAUUUUCACCAUACACAACGCCACAAGAUUCACGCCAAAUGCUUCCUUCUAUUGUUCAGUUGCUGAAGAAAUACAUGACUUGGAAGAAAACUGGAGAAGAGAUGAACUUUACUUAUGUUGAGUGCUUGUUGUACACGUUUCAUCACCUAGCUCAUAAGGUUCCUAAUGCCACAAAUAGUUUAUGCGGUUACAAAAUUGUUACUGGCCAGCCAUCUGAUAGGCUUGGAGAGGACUUUUCAGAGCAUUAUAAUGAUUUUAUUGAGAGAUUGAAUAACGUUGAGGAGUUCACCCGGGCUACAAUUAAGAAAUUAACUCAAGGAAUGGCUGAAAACAACAAAUCUAUGGCAGAUGCUAAAACUGAAGAAGAAAAGGAAAAAAUUAAAACUAAAAAACAAAAUGCUACAACUGGGUUGCGGACCUGCAAUAACAUUUUGACAAUGACAAAGCCAUUGCACGCCAAAGUGCCUUCUUUUAUUGGAGAUAAGAGAAUCAACCUUUCUUGGAAAGAAGCAACAAAAACUGCAUCAUCUGCCACACCAGUUGCUGGAGCAAAACGGCCUGCUACUGCGGCCAAUGGAUCCAAUAACAUUGCAUCAAAGAAGGGUCGGGGUGCUGGUGGUUUGCAAAAUCAACUUGUCAAUAGAGCAUUGGAGGGAUUAUCUGGUGGUGGGAGAGGUGGAACAAGGGGCAGAGGCCGGGGCUGGGGUGGUCGUGGAAGAGGAAGAGGGUAUCGUUAACUUUAUUGAAGUAUUGAUGUAGAAAACAUCAGAUUUCACGAGACUGUACCAGAAUACGCAUAGGACCUGUUAAUGUUACUGAAAUUCUUUGUCAGAGGAAGUUUUGAUUAUAGAGGACGAUGAAUUUUUCAUUUUGUUGUACUUUUUCCAAAGCUUGUUUAUGUACAAUACUGAGUUAUUGAUCAUUUUCCAAUCCAUUUGAUGCGAGCAGCAGAUGAAGACCGGUUGACGAAUUCUGAUGCCCUUUGGUAUGUAUGCAUGUAAUUUAAUGACAAGUGCAUUUAUAUGAAGACCAUGUCUAACUUGUAAGAAUUUUAGUUGUUUCAAGCAAAUAUGGAAUUAAAUAGUUAGGUUCUUUGUACAAGUGCCCU